UUCUGCGGGAACGGGGAGGUUGCAGAACGCCAUCUUUAAACCCCACAAGAGGCCAGCUACAGUUGUACACCGGGAUGAAAAACACUAUCCCUACAGCGGGAUAUAAGUUCACAUCGUGGAGAUGAUGUGAUAGUUUCCCAGUUGAGUCAACUAUAAAGAACUGUUCGAUGGGACUGUAAAGAGAUGGUCACUGGACACCGCAAGAGCCUUUAACUGUUGUUAUCAUAGGCAGACAACAACAAUAGACGGAAAGACAACAACAACGGACUAGCUCGCUAGCUCUCUCGCUAGCAUCUUGCCAAGCGCUGCGCUGUUUUCAAUUGCUAACUGAAAGCUAGCUAACGUUAGCUACUUCAGCAAAUCUGUCCGGUUGCGCUGACAUUUGACCGGACGCUGUUUAUAGCUGGUAACGUGACUGGAUAUCCAGCUACAUCUACCGGAACAGUCCUCAAUUUCUUUGUCACAUUUGAAACCAAUUUUGUUCAGACAUUUGCGUUGUGGCUUUAGCUAGCUAAAAGCUAAGUCCCGACUUCUCCCCCUCCCCAGCGGCCCAGCCGGAGAUGCGUGGAAGAUGUCGGUGUCGGGGCUGAAGGCCGAACUGAAGUUUUUGGAGUCCAUUUUUGAUCCAAACCACGAACGCUUUAGGAUCAUUGACUGGAAGCCUGACGAGUUGAGCUGUCAGUUUAAUGUAACAGGGGAAAAACUGUUAAUUAUCCACUGUAAUAUAACGGAAUCUUAUCCAUCUACACCGCCAAUAUGGUUUGUGGACUCUGAUGACCCGAGCUUGGCGCAAGUUUUGGAGAGGUUGGAAGAUGUGAGAAAAGGCAGCACCCUGCUUUUGCAGCAGUUGAAGAAACUCAUAUGUGAUCUUUGUCGGCUGUACAACCUUCCCCAACAUCCAGAUGUGGAGAUGCUGGACCAGCCCCUGCCUGCUGGCCCCGUGGGACCAGACCGAAAGCAUGGGACAGAGGAGGUCACAUCUGAAGAAGAGGAGGAGGAAGAGAUGGGAGAGGACAUAGAGGAUCUGGACCACUAUGAAAUGAAAGAGGAGGAGCCUGUGGAUGGGAAGAAAUCCGAGGAUGAUGGCAUCGAGAAGGAGAAUCUGGCCAUCCUGGAGAAAAUCCGAAAGAACCAGAGGCAGGACCACUUGAAUGGAGCGGUGUCUGGUUCAGUGCAAGCGUCUGACCGCCUGAUGAAGGAGCUCCGAGAGAUCUACAGGUCUCAGAGUUACAAGACAGGCAUCUAUUCAGUGGAGCUGGUUAACGACAGCCUGUAUGAAUGGCACGUCAAACUAAGGACGGUGGAUCCAGAUAGUCCCUUACACAGUGAUUUACAAGUCCUGAAGGAAAAGGAAGGGAUGGAUUACAUUUUACUAAACUUCUCAUAUAAAGAUAAUUUCCCCUUUGAUCCACCGUUUGUCCGGGUGGUUUCACCUGUGCUUUCCGGAGGUUAUGUUCUUGGAGGAGGUGCCCUGUGCAUGGAACUUCUCACCAAACAGGGUUGGAGCAGUGCCUAUUCCAUUGAGUCUGUCAUCAUGCAGAUCAAUGCUACUUUAGUCAAAGGAAAAGCCAGAGUGCAGUUUGGAGCCAAUAAAAACCAGUACAAUCUUGCCAGAGCACAGCAGUCCUACAAAUCCCUGGUUCAGAUCCAUGAAAAGAACGGCUGGUACACACCCCCUAAGGAGGACGGCUAAAACAGACUCCUGCCUUUCCUGCACUGGGACCACAUUGUUUAUGUUUUCCUUGCGACCAAUAUUUUCUUUUUAUCCUGCAAACCCUUUUUGUUCUCUACAUGAGAGUUUAAACUCCAAACCAAAUUUAAACACACAGCCCCACCUGAAAUGUACAUCCAUCAGCUACUCGCAAGGGUUUCCUCUCCUUAAUAUUUAUCUCUCUGUACAUCUGUGGUCUGAUACAAUCUUAUUUUUCCAUUGCGACAUUCAUCCCAUACUCCAGGAAAACGUUGGACUAAAUAUCGCGCAAACUCGGCCUUUGGGUUUGGCGUUAAGCAUGCCAAGGUUACUUGUGGCUGUGAGUUGUAAAGGUGCAGCAUGGCUUUAUCCGCCAGCAGCGGCAGUGUGAGGCUCCAGACGCUGGACACUGCCUCUCUGGUCACAGACUGGAUCCUUGAUAUGAUUCAGUGGUGGCUUAGAAGGACAUUUAAAUGCUGGUGGUGGAAGAACCACAACCUUUUCUCUCCAUGGACGGCCUCUGUAAUAUUGUGCUCAUGUAUUAUCUUUGCAAUGCCAAGAUCCCUCCUCUGGAAUAACCUGCUUCUGAGGCUAGCUUGCUUUCAAACCUCUUAUCUUUUUAAAGCUUGUAGCCCUGAGGUGAGGAGGAAGAUGAAGAGACUUUUGCAGGCUGGGUGGCACAGCCCAUAAUGAAGAACAGCAUUCUGCUGAGCUCCAAAGUUGGAGACCACCGUCAUCAUCACAACCAGCAACUGGACAAACUCCCUGCAGGAGAGGUUUGGUGUGUCGUAGGUUGGCAACCCAAGAAACAUGACCAGGCAAAGCAGGGGCGUGUUUGGUUUGGAUCACACUGUAAUGUAGUUGAUUUUAACUCCACGUGUAAACAUGUAAAUUUGUAUUUCUGCAAAAGGAUUUAAUUGUUUAUAAUGUAACCUUGUCUGGGUCUUUGACUGGGCAAAGACUGUAUUACUAUAUACCCUUGACUAUUAACAGCAGGGGCACUGCAACUUCUCAAGACCCAUUUAGAAUAAGAUAAAGUUGCUUCAAGGAAACAAAAGUACACCGUGAUCUUAUGUAAGCUUAAUGACUACUGCGGUUUUGUUCUUUUUUCUUUUCUUCUUUUUUGAAUUAUUGAUUUGUAAUCCUCAUGUUAUUGGCAACAUCAACAGUACCAUUCCCCUUCUUUGACACACCUCCCAACUACAAUGGCCGUAACAAUAAUGGCAUAGACGCGCGCAGCUAUUUCUGGCUUUCCAGAGGUUUGGCUAUUCAUAUCUAAUCACUCAAACCGGAUGAACCUCAGUAAGGCUAUGCAGUGAAGACACGAGUCUUGUGGAGUUUUGUUGUACUGAAGAAGAUUAGUCUUAACAGUGUAGUCACCUGCUUAGUUCUUGUAGCUGGUUCACAUCCUGAGCACUUUGCCAAUCCUGCAGUCGUAACAGUCUUGGGGGGAAAAAAGUGACCUUUUUACCUUCUGACUUUUCCUUGACCUCAUGGCUGGUUUUAAAAAUGCAGCCGGAGUUUUCAGAUUCACAGCAAUAGUCUCGACCGUAUACCUUCUGGCUUCACACCUGGGAAGAUUGACUGGAGUAUGUUCCAUUUCCAGAAUAUUUGUGUAGGUUUGAUAAAUAUUUGUUUAGAUUUGCCACAGGAGAAACCCAGCUCUUCCCAUUACCACCUCUCUGGUUACUAUUCAUAACCACUCUCAGCACCGCUGUACCCCUCAGCGUGCUGGGGCUUUGAUGUAAUGUGAAUAAUAUGCAGAAAACUGUGUGGAGCAUUCCAAUUAAUGCAGUUACACGUUUGUUGUGGGUGUUCUAUUGUGUGGUUACUUGCAUUGUUUUAAGUAUAUUGUCCUGAAAACCAGCAUAGAAAGCUUAGUUAUGCUAAUUCAUACAGUCAUUCCUCAGUUUUAAGUUGAUUUAGAAUUUUUCUCAGUGAUACUAACCUCAAUCACGACACCAAUACUUUCAAAACAGGUUAGAGAUGGGUACAAAACAUCGUAUUCAGCACUUGUCUGACAUUUGUUUAGACUUGCAGGAUAUGUAUAACGAGUGUCACUUCUUCUCGUUUCACCACAAGCAAAAAAAAAAAAAAAAAAAAAAGAGAAUUAGCCCAACAUGACUACGGAUCAUUGGCAUGGUUGUUAGCUGUUGUGAUGCCAUUGGUAAUGUACUAAUCACUUCAUUCUGGUGACUUUGUUGAGCCCACCUCUGCAUUCUCUGGAGAAGCAAACUCAGGAAUACAUACUGCACACGCGACUUUGCUAAGGAUUGCUUCAGAAUAUCGUCACGAAAUGCAAGAUUGAACGUGUCAAUCUUUUUCGGGCCAUUUUUAGAACGACAUCUGUUUUUACCAAUCGGCAUCGCAGUGUGUUUCGCUGUUGAAUUGCACACACACAUACACACACACACACACACACACACACACACACACUCAGAUUCUUUGAUUUACUGUUGAGGUUAAAUAAAUAUUAAGCAAGUUUUUUGGAAUGAUCAGAUAUUUGGAGCGGGGACUUCGCUCCCACCCUCAGAUUAACCUGCGAUUGACGAGGGGUUCUCAACACAUCUGCCCGGUCUCUUUGAUAUUGCUGUAUUUUGCAUGUCAAUAUAUCAAUGGGUGUUUUUUCCCCAAGCUACUGAAGGCAACGAGUGGUUGGGUCGGGUGGUAAUAAGACUAGAUGUAUCCGUUUUUUUUCAUUAAUUGUUUACUUAACUUGUGGUUUCCUACAUCAGCGCACGGGAUCAUUUAUCCCCGUGUGCCGCUUAUUGAACCAGGUCAGAUACUAUGAGAGGCACGUGGGCGUUAGAGACAUCCUACCUGCUUCGAUUAGACGCCAGGAUUCCCAACAAAAGUAGCAGUUCAGAUUUGUGUGCCAUCAGAACAAUUGUUAGCCCAAAUCUUUAACCUAAACUUUGGAAUAAUGGUGUACUCCCAAGUCUGUUGUGAACCGAGUAACAGCUUCUCUCGCACCAACGCCUGUUGUCUAACAAAAACCUUCUCUGCUUUGGCGAGCGACAUAUUGGUCCGAGGUCUGAAUUAGCCUGAUUCUGGGUUCUUUACCUUGCUUCAUUAACUGCAGUGGCCGGGUUAUAAAGUUAUGCACUGUUAGCAUGCUUUGGUUUGGUUCCAUUUUUUUUCCAUUGCAAGGGUGAUUUUGACCAUGUAAAAUAAUUUGUAAACUUGCAUCAAGUUUAUAAAUAAAGAAUUUUAUGAAA